AUGGAUCCCAAAUCACCAAUCUUCCUCCUCGUCUCCAUCAUCCUCCUCUCUUCCCUUCUUCACCACACCAAAUCCACCGCGGCUGCACAAAACGACGCCGCACCACCCACGAUCGCAGCUUCAACAUCAUCGUCACAACAUAAACAAAAAGAAGCGAGCCAGCUGGUGAUCGAUCCAGCCCUCCGCGGCGUGUGCUCCGUGACCGACAACCCGUCCAAAUGCGUGGAGCUCAUCGCCCCCUACGUGAUCGGCGCCACGGACCCGGUCUCCAUCCUCAACAUGGAGAUCGCGGCCCUGUACAAGAUGGUCGAGGACGCCAAAUCCACCGCCACCCGAGUCGCCAGGAGCCCCUCCACGCCGCCGUCCGUCGUCAAGGUGUUGGACGAGUGCGUGGCGUACUAUGACUCGGCCACCGAUGACCUCGCCAAGGCGCUGUUCGCGUGCUCCGUCAAGGACACCCAGACGGUGAACCAGAGGAUGGCUUCCGCAGUGACCAGCUUCCAAAAAUGCGACGCUGCGUUUGAGGGGAAGCAGGGGGCUGCCGCCAAUAAGCUGGAGGGGGAGGCGGCCACGAUGCAUGAGAUGGACGAGGUUAUGGUUCAGAUGGCUGGCUUCGCCAUGCAGAUUUCGCAGAAGCUGGUUUCUAAAGCUACUGCCGCUGGUAACACCAAGAUAGUUAAUUAA